GCCAGCUGGACUUCGCCGAGCAGCUACGCCGGGACUCGGAGGUGGCACUGCUCUUCUUCUACGCACCCUGGUGUGGCCAGUCCAUUGCUGCCAGGGCCGAGGUCGAGCAGGCUGCCCGGCACCUCUCGGAUCAGGUGUUGUUUGUGGCGGUUAACUGCUGGUGGAGCCAGGGGCGAUGCCGGCGGCAGAAACACUUCUUCUACUUUCCGGUCAUCUACCUGUACCACCGAAGCCUGGUGUUCUCGGUUACUUUGAGUUCAACGGCUCCCCGCAGCCCCCUGGGUACCUGACCUUCUUCACAUCUGCGCUGCACGCGCUGAAGAAAGAUUCCCUAGGAACAGUACGGUUUGGGGUCAUCACCAAUAGACACCUCGCUAAACUGGUCCCCUUAGCACACCCGGGCAGCGUGUACUUACACAGACACUUCAACACUUCACUGGUGUUCCCCCACGAACUCCUCAACUUCACGGCCGAGAACAUCUACCAGUGGGCCCAGGACAACCGGGAGACGCUGCUGCGCUGGCUGCGGCCGCAUGGUGGGAAGAGCCUGUUAUUGCACAAUGAGCUGAGGAAGGGCCCAGCGCUGUUGCUCUUCCUGCCCUUUGACCCCCUGGCUGGGACCCAUCCACUCAUCAAUGAGAUAACUGCCCUGGCCCUGGACUACCACAACUGCCGCCGAGACCCAGCGGUGGAGCAGCUCCUGCAACACCUGGACCAUGCGCCCACCCCACCCGCUCAGCCCCGGCCUCCCGCCCUGCUCCCAGAGCCCCCUGGUGCCGCCUGGCCUUGCUGCAACACUGUAGUGCUGCCCAGCUGGCAUGCGCUGGCGCCGACGCACAAUGUGUGUGAGCUGUGCGUGAACCAGACGGCAGGCGGCCCCCGACCUGGCCGACUCAGCCUGGCGCGCUGCAGCUUUGUGCAGAUGGCCGCGGCGCGGGAUGCCUUCUACCUCAAGGGCCACGCCUUCGAGCACGGGAAAGCCCUGGGCCCUGAGUGCCGCAACUUCCUCAGCUCCUACAGCCCCUUCAGCUACUACAGCGCCUGCUGCAGGACCAUGAGUAGGCGCCUGGUGGGCCUGCUGGGCGCCCCCCGGGGGCCCCAGCCCUCUUAUCCUUCUCCACCCUCCAGGGCUUUUUCGCCCCUUGGGGAGGAGGAGGAGGAAUGUAAGGUGGGCCGGCCCGGCCCAGUUCCUCACAUUGAGGAGACUCCGUUUUUUGUGCCGCCUCGCACCGAUGUCGCUGGCUUCACAGGCCUGGGCUGCCGCACCAACAAGACCCUGAACAUGUACCUGCUGGACUCAAACCUCUUCUGGGUGUAUGCGGAGCGGCUGGGUGCGCCUGGCACUGCCCGCCAGCGGGAGUUUGCAGCCAUCGUGGACCUGAAGGAGGAGUCACACUAUGUCUUGGAGCCCAGCCAGGCCCUCGUGAAGGUCACCCUUGAGUCUUUCAUCCAGAACUUCAGCGUCCUCUACAGUCCCUUGAAAAGGCACCUCAUGGGAAGCACCGUGGCCCAUUUCCCUGCCCACCACUUGAUCACCGAAGUGACCACCGAUACCUUCUGGGAAGUGGUGCUCCGGACACAGGACGUUCUGCUGCUGUACUACGCCCCGUGGUGCGGCUUCUGUCCAUCCCUCAAUCAUGUCUUCAUCCAGCUUGCUCGCCUCCUGCCGUCAGAUACAGUCACGGUGGCAAGGAUCGACGUGUCUCAGAACGAUCUGCCCUGGGAGUUCAUGGUGGACCGGCUUCCCACAGUCCUGUUCUUCCCCUGUCACAGGAAAGACCUCAGCGUGAAGUACCCCGAGGACAUCCCAGUCACGGUCCCCAACCUGCUCAAGUUCAUCCUGCACCACUCGGCGCCCCACGGCGGGGCGCCCCAGCCGGCGUGCGAGCAAAGCGAGGCUGGGCUGCAGCGGGGCCACAUCUCCCACCUGGAGCGCCAGGUGGCCCGGCUGCGCGCGGAGAUUAGCGCCCUGCAGCGGGCGCAGGGCCAGGUGGAGGCGCGGCUGGCGGGCGCGAGGCGGGACGAGCACCGGCUGCAGAGGCAGAAGCGAGCGCUGGAGGAGCAGCGCGGCCUCCUGCGGCGCCACGGGCAGCAGCUGAAGGCGCUGUACGAGCAGAAGACGCGCGAGCUGCAGGGCCUGGCUCAGCGGCUGCAGGAGCUGGCCGAUGUGUCCGAGAGCCUCUUGGCCGAGAACGCCUGGCUCAAGGUCCUAGUGGCCACUAUGGAGCGGAAGCUGGGGGCCCGGGACAGAGCCGAGCCAGGAGACACGCACCCCACGGGGCCUGAGCUUCCAGGCCACGAGAACAGGACAGACUGACCUGACUGGGCCUCCCCUUCCCCCGGACAUCAGGAAGAGACCAGACGGCACACUGUACUUUGGGAAUCUAUUUAUGCAAAUUUUAUGGAAAUUUAUUGUAAAUAAAGAUUUUCUCAGUGGUCUAGAAAA